AUGCAAUGGCACUGGCUGAUGCUGAGCCUCAGUGCCGCCGAGCAGCUUCGAGGCUGCCUGCAGCGUGUGCUCCAUGUCGGCUGGAACGUGACGCCCUGCUGGCCAAGUCCUUGGGGCCCAUACGUUGCAGGUCAAGUUGGAGAAGCUCCCGAACACCCGUCUUGGAGCGAUGGUCUGGACGUUUACGACACGGACGGCCAGCACUUGGGAACCAGCACUGCCUGGCAGGCUCAAACGUCCUGCCAGUGGCAUCGGACUGUGUAUGUGAUUCCGCGCUUGCCCGAUGGCCGUAUACUCUUCCAGAGACGUGCUGACUGGAAGUGGCGGAUGGGCGGCUUGUGGGACCUAGGUGCCUCGGAGACCGUCGAGCUGGGCGAGGACCUUCAGGCGGCCGCCCAGCGCGCAGUCCACGAGGAGCUUGGGAGCCGUGCAGCGCUGCCGGCUCUCAUGGAGUGUUGUCGACUCAACACAGGCUGGAGUGGAGCAUUGCCAAAGAUGCAGCUUUGCCAGUUAGAUCAAAACAUCGUCUACACCGCCAAGGGGAGCCUGGGUGCAGAUGCGGGCGACCGUGAUGAGGAAGUGGAUGCACUGGAGUAUUGGUCACUUGACGACUACACCAGACAAGCCGAUCUGGACCGCUACAAAUUUGCACCCUGGGUGCAUGCCCUUAUUGUCGGAUGUCCACGUUGCAGGGUGUGCUCCUGCUCGUCUGAGCUCCUUGUGGGCCAGAUCCACACACUGAUUCAGAUUCGCAUGCCCCGCGCAGGCAAAAAAAGCCGUCAAGGGCGAGUGAAGAGCUACACCGAUGGCUGCGGACGAAGGUGGGCAGAGCGCUUCGUUCUCCGCAGUGGCUCGUUGACCAAGUUGACGUUGUCAGAAGGUCGGCUGAGCAAGGGUCAUGAAAACUGUGACUUUAAAAUACCUGUAAUAACUUGGCUACGCACAGAUGGUUGA